AUGGCCCAGAGCAACCUGCCUGUCAUCAGCGGUGACGACUGCGGCAUAUGCCGGCGCGCCAUUGUGGAAGCCCACUCGGUCGCCAAGGCCCAGCCGCCCGGUUACGGCGACUGGAUCGAACUUUUCCCCAGCUUUGCGCAUCUUGAGGCCUCCGCCGCGGGUUGCAACCUGUGCCGCAUCAUUCGGCAGGAAAUUGUUUACAGCCUGGCCAACCUUGAGGAUCUCCAGGACUGCAUCCACCCAGUGCAAGUUUGCUGGCAGCUGUCGGACGGGGACUACUCGCGCAGUACGCUCAAGUUCCAGGUCGUUCUGACCCACAGGGGCUGGUGCGAGGCAAGCCUGGAGACGCCCCAUCCGCUCGAGGCUGCGGGAGAAAUAAUACCAAACUUCAAGGGAGAAGCCCACUUCGAUUCUGUUAUCAAGACGGUCCACUGGUGGUUGCGGACCUGUCAAGAUGGCCACUUAUCCUGUCGACUUCCUCUUCCCGCUGCAUGCCAGAGCACGGCUGCGCUGGAGGACCACCCCCCUUCUUUGCCCACACAUGUAAUUGAUGUGCGUCCGCCACCGAAGCACGGCCAGGAUCAAGAUCUCGAGGAACGUGUGCCAUAUGUUCACUUGGUAGAAGGAGAAAGCCGACAGGGUGAGUAUGUGACGUUAAGCUACUGCUGGGGCACAUCCGGCAAGAACUUCAAAACCACAAGCUCCAACCUAGCUCAGCAGCUCUCCGAGAUCCCCUGGGCUAGACUUCCGCAGACGAUACAAGACGCCGUCGUCGUCACCCGAAAACUUGGCAUCCGAUAUCUUUGGGUCGACGCCUUGUGUAUCAUCCAGGCAAGAUAUACCGGCGACGCCACUUCGGACUGGCCAGUCGAGGCGACGAGGAUGGGUCAAUAUUACGAAAAUGCCACAUGCACGCUGGCAGCCAGCAGCUCGCACGAUUGCGCCGACGGGAUGCUUGCCGACCGCCCGGCGCUGCGGUUCGGUCCCUCGCGGGAUGUGACUAUCGAUUUCGACGAUGUCUUCCUCGGCAAGUCGACGCAGAUCCAGCUCGUCGGGCUGCGCGGUCCGCCCAUCGAAGCAGCCAUGGAGGAGUCCCACCUGCUCUCGAGGGGCUGGUGCGUCCAGGAGCGCGCUCUGUCGCGCCGGAUGCUGUAUUUUGCCCGGGACGCGCUCUUUUGGGAGUGCAAUGAGCUCCGCGCCGGCGAGCAUAGCCCUAGCAAGAACCUGGGAUUCGUCCCGAGGCCCAAAACGCACGCUUUGUUGCACACCCAGUCGUGGCGAAGCGUCAUCGGCCAAUGGGACCUGCUCGGCGCGGGGCUGAGGAAUCUGGUCCGAGACCACCACGACACUGCUGAAGGACUGUCAGCCUCGGACGUUGAGCUCAUAUUGGGCCCUGCGUGGAUGGGAUUGAUCGAGAGGUACAGCGCUUGCGCGUUCACAAACUACUCGGACAGGCUUGUGGCCUUGUCGUCCGUCACGGAAAAAUUGAGCCGGAUGACGGGAGCUAGCAAUGUGGCAGGACACUGGCGCGAGACGUUGGGGCGCAGCCUUUCCUGGAUGGCGCUCUCACCUACCAGGACAAGAGAAGCAUGCAAUGACCGUGUCUUUCCGUCCUGGGCGUGGCCAUCGGUCGACUUGGGCGUGACUUUCGAAGGCCUCGACGGGGUCUGGCUAGAAAGCAUGACGGUGGAGGAUAUCAGGCGAGACCCGACAAGGACCGGCAACGUUCACGCCGGACACAUUCUCAGAAUCAAUGGGACGUUCUGCGAAAUGCCCCUGGCCCAAUGGGGCCUGAAGAGCUCUCGCAAAGGCAGCGGUACCACUUACACAACUUCCUCUUUUGUCGAGUCCGUAACCUGGGACCACCUACCAGCCGCCUUCGACGCAAAUAGGCUCAUGGCAUGCCUCUUCAUUGGAUCCGUGCGCGAGAGUGAAUACGUUUCGGAUACAUUAGGUCUUGUCGUCCAGCGUACGGGGAGAUUUCAUGGUGAUGGUGGCCACAUCGAAGAAUUCGAGCGGGUAGGGUUGCUGAGGUUUGAGAACCUCGCCAUCGAAGGGCUUCUGGGGACGGUGUGUAGAACGAUAGAUAUUGCUUGA